AUGUUGGCCGUCGCAACUGCAUACGAUGCUCUCCGCUCCCACCUCUCCCGCAAGCCAAGUACCCCAGGUUCCUCUUCCAGUCGCUGGCGACCAUACCACUCUCGCAAAGUUACCAGCACUCUUCACUCAGACGACACCUUCCGCACCUCAGAGCGUGAAGCAUCACUCCCCACUCCCGAAUACACUCUCCCAGAGCAGCAGAGGGCCAAAGAACAGGUCGCCCAUUCACGAAAACCUGCUCGGCAAUCCCCAUCCCCUGUUGCAGUGCAAGACCCAGAAGGCCUCAUAGAGGAUUCGCUCAACCUUCUUGCAUCCAUAUACAAUCCAUCCAUGGCCGCCCGUGCUCAUUCGCGUAGCCAUGCCGCUGCCCAGACGACACUUCCCACUCCCCCGGCCUCCCCCACACGCAAGACCAGCGUACCCGCCAUCGCACCUCACGUCAUGCACUGGUUUAUCGUCGAGUUACUCAGGCGCUCCCAUACGUCGGCCCCCGUCAUCCGCGCAGCACUUUCCUACAUAGCCCGUGCGGCCCCCGAAAUCAGGCGCGCCAUCGAGGACUCGGACGACGAUUCCAGUGCUAUGGACUCGCCACUCCUCGAUCCGCGCCGAGUUUACUUGGCCGCUAUCAUUCUUGGGUCCAAGUUCUUACUCGAUCGUACGUACACCAAUAAGACUUGGGCUGGCGUUUCCGGACUCGAUGCACUCGAGGUCGGGCGAUGCGAGCGCACCUUGGCUGAGACUCUGGAGUGGAGACUCUGGAUCGGUGGACCAAACUCUUCGACUUCCUUUUGA